AUGUUAUUAUUAUAUGAUAGGAUAAGAGGAGACUUAAAAAAAGAUGAUAAAGAUAAAGGAUUAGAUAAAAAUGUACUAAAUAAUAAUGUGAAAAAGUAUGAUAGGCAUAAACUCAGAGCCAUUUUAAGGAAAUAUAUUCGUCAUUGCAAUAGGCUGUUAAAUUACCACAGAUUUAAAGAAGUAAUUGAUAACUUUGAACCAUUUAAAAAUAUCUUUAUUACAUAUAGUAACAGUUUCUUAAAUAAAAACAAGAUUUUUAAUUAUGAUUUUCGGUACUCAAAAAUUAUAAAAAUACUAUAUUUAAAUAAAAAAGGAAAAAGAUUAAUAUAUGGAGAUAAUAAUUAUGUGAAAGAAAACUCCUCAUUACGAAAUAAAAAAGGUAGAAACAACGAAAGAACUGGAUUACUAUUAGAUGAUAUGAAAUAUACUGAUGAAGAUGAUACCCCUAGUGAAGAUAAAAGAUUUGAACUUAUUAAUUUGAACUACACUUUAAAAAAAGGGGAUUUUGAAAAAUUAGACAACAUUAUUGUUAACAGUGAAAUAGCGUUACCAACAUUUAGCUAUUUUGAUAUAUAUCUAUUUAGUAAUAACAAAAAAUUAAAGUACGAAAUAAAUAAAAAAAAUAUUAAAUACAUUGAUAUUGAUUCGGUUUUGUAUUAUCUAUACAUAUCGGUUGUUAUUGCCUACAUUCAUUUAAAAGAUUUUCAUAAUGCUAAAAUAAAGUUUUUUGAGUAUAUUUAUCUAAAAAGAAAAUUAAAAAAAAUAAAUAAAUAUUGUUCCGAGUCGGAAAAAAGGAAGUUGCGAAUUACUAGUUUGAUAUCAUCAGAAUUAAAAAGUAAAAUAUAUAAUUAUUACGACCUUUUAUUGUAUGAAAAGAAGGCUUCCUCCCUAUUGUUAAAAAAAGGUGUUCAUGUGGAUUUGCAGAAAGAAGUAACUAAGGGUAGGAAUUCGAAUGAGAGUACGAACAAGAAUUCGAAAGAAAAUGAAAAUAAGAAUGCUGAUAAGGUAAAUGACGAAAUAUAUAAUAAAUUUAUCAUAACAAGUAACAUUAACGAAGAUGAAUUCUCUAAAGAACGUGAAUGCACCAAUAAUGUAAUAAAAAAGGACAAAAACAAAACUGCUACCUUAAGCAUGAAUGGCGGUUCUUUGUUUGGUGAUAGCACUUUUAAGGUGGAUUCUAACAUUUUAGAGGAAUUGAAAAAUAUAAACUGUUUGUACCAAAAUGAAAACAGUUAUGCAGGUAAUGACAAGGAUAAAGGGGAAGAGGACAAGAAGAACACCAUAAAUGUAGACAAUAACUAUAUCGAUAGAGACGUGGUUACAAAUGGAAAGUUCUUAGCAACAAAGAGAAGAAUUCAUUUUAGUAAUAAACGCAAAAGAGAAAAUUAUAAAUACAGAAAGAGAAAGAAGAAAAGGAAGAGGAAAUGGAAUGGAAAAAAAAAAUAUAAAGAAAAAGAAUAUUUAACAUUAGAUGAAUAUUUGUUAUUUUUAAAAAUAAAGUAUAAGGAGAUAUCAUUAGAAAGGCUAAUAGCUGUUUUGAAAAAUACUUCUUUAGAAGAUAAAAUAUGCAGCAUGAAAAGAUUAAGAAAUUUAAUGAAUAUAGAAUAUAAUGAAAAAACAAAUUUAUUAAAGAAAGAAAAAUUUUUUAAAAAUUUAAUAAAAAUUAAAGAUAGGAAAUACUACUUCUACAACUACUUUUUUGAUGUCCUAAUAUAUUUUUCUUACUUCAAGCAGAUACAUAUUAUUGAAGGUUUACUAGUUAUGGCCCUAUUAUACAGCAAAUUAAAUAUUCUAAAUGUUUCCCUAUAUAUAUAUAAAAAUUUGUAUUUAUAUUUUUAUUUCAUUUUUGAGGAUUAUCAAAAAAAGUGGAAAUCCUUCGAUAUAAAUCACGAAAUGAAUAAACUAAAUUCUUUCACUAUAAGAACAAAGGAAAAUAACACUAACUAUAUAAAUGGUUUUGAGCAUAUAAGAAAGGGACAAAAUUCAAAAAAAAAGCAUAAAAAAAAAAAAAAAAAAAAAAAAAAUGGAAUUUUUAAUGAAAAUCAUGUCCUAACGAAUGAUAGUAAGGGAGAAAAGUAUAACAAGCGGCAUUUAUGCGCUGUUACGUCCAAAUUUAGUAGGAGCACAGUGGGAGGUAACUAUGGUUACAAUAAUGUGGAUGAUAAAGAUAAUGGUAAUACUGGUCACAGUACAAAUGCUAAUGGUGAUGACAAUAAUAAUGAUGAUGAUGAUAAUAAUAACGAUGAUGAUGAUGAUGAUAAUAAUAACGAUGAUGAUGAUGAUGAUAAUAAUAACAAUGACGACGUCGAUGAUAACGAUAACUUCGACAGGUGCAGCGCAUACGACGAGGUAAUUGUUCACACGUUCAGGCACUUUCUGAAUCAGCUAAAAGAUAACAGUUGUUUUUAUUUUAUAAAUGACUGUACAAAAGGUAGUUUGAAUUCCAAAUAUCGUAAUUAUUCUUUUUUGAAUAACCCAUUGAUGUCUCCUCAUUUCAAUCAUAUUAACGAUUUAGUUAUUAAGAAUUUUAUAAAGAAUUCAAUCUCUUUUAAUUAUAAAUAUAUUUGUAAUGGAAUAAAAAGACAUAUUUUAAUUUAUUUGAAUUUGAUAAAUCAUAUUGAAACAAAGUUUAUGUUUCAUCAAUAUAAUUAUAACUUAAAAAAUUUAAUAUAUCAUUUGUACUUGGACAAAAUUAUAAAAUGUUAUGACUCAAACCUUUUCACGUAUGAAAAAAAUCUGUAUGUAUUAAAACGUAUAAUUUUUCUUGAUAAUAAAAUUAGUAUAUUUCAUGCAAAAAAUAAUAACUACUUAACGAAUGAUUAUUCAUUGAAGUCUACUUUUUUUAGAAUAUAUUUUAAUCUUUAUAAAAACGAGUUUUUCAUACCUCAUUAUUGGAAGCAAGGUCAGCAGCAGAAUAUACCGUUUAUUAUAAACAUUUUGGAUAGUAAAUAUAAUUUAAGUUGUACACACUUUAAUAAACAGGGCGAAGUAAAAGUAAAAGGAGAAAAUUAUAAAGAAAUAUCUUUUUACUCCAUCAUAAAUUUGAAAAAGAAAAAAAAUUAUCUGUGCAGUAAGGAGGGCAAUCCGCAGGAUGUACAAAAGCAGUCGCAUAAACAGUUGCAGAAGCAUGCACAGGUACAGGAACACACCGAGGAACAACUGUAUGAAGAAUGUGAUUCGGAGAAAAACACAAGCAAAGGUCCAGAACGCUGGGUGAGCAAUAUUCCCUAUGAAGACGAUUUUUAUAAUUUUAAUAUUCUGCUAAAUUCAAACGAAAGUGUAGAUAAAUAUAUAUUAAGUAAUUAUAUAAACAUGUGCCAAAAGAGUAUAAAUCAAAAAAAAGACGUAUAUACAAAUGGUGAGUUUAAAUGUAGUACAAACAGUUUUAAUAAAAUUAGAAGUAAUGUACAAGAAUUUUAUAUCUAUACUAAGAGCCAAGAUUUGAUGAAUUACAUGCAUCAUAAUACGAAUUAUUCGUAUGGAAUGUUAAAUGAUAAGAAAAGAUACAAUUCUGAUAUUGUGUUAAACAAAUCAGAUCCGAUCAUUAAAACACAUACAUUAGAUAUCAAUUAUAGAAACACAUAUAGCCCAAAUAACCAAGAUGGAAAAGAAUUUGUAUUUGAUGAAAAUAGUUAUAUAAAUAAAUUAAGACACGUCUCUUGUGAUAAUUUAUAUAAGAAUAACAAUAUAAAUGGUACUAAUAACGGUAGAAAAAAUGAUAACUUCAUUGAAUCAAUUUUUUUUAAAAAAAGAAUUAAUAAGAAGCUUUUUAAUGUGAACAAGAACAUACAUGAUGAAGAAGAUACGAAUAACUGGAAAAAUCAAAAUUUGAAAAAUUUUUUUAAUUUUCGAAAUAAUGAGUUAAAAAUAUUAAUUUAUAAUUUUUUAUACCUUUUCAUAUUUGAUGAAUAUAUAUAUAUGAAUAUACACAGAAAGGAUAUAAGCGAAUAUUUCAAUUUCGUGAAUGUUUUAAAAAAGAAGCAAAAAUUAAGAUAUAAUUUUUAUAAUUUACUUUAUAAAUCAAAUAAAGACAUUGGAAAUGAAAUAUCAUAUUACAAAAAGUACUUAAAAGAAAAUUAUUUGCACAAUAAUAACAGAAAAGAUAAAAAAAUUUAUACCUCCAUAUUUGGGGAGAAAACUACUAUUCACGUUAAUGUGAAGAAAGAUAUGAAUGACAAAUGUAAAACCAAAAGUCCAAAAAAAUUAUCUAUAACAGGAGAAGAGUAUAAAAUGAUUAGAGAACAUAUGAAAAUAUCAGCUCCAAUUGCUUCAUUACUAAUAAAUAAUAAACAGCAUUAUAAUAGUAGGAUUUUAAAUUUGUUAAGAGAUACAUAUAAAAAAAAUUUUAUUAAUUAUCAUAUGAAAAUAAAUAUAGAAAAGUAUGAGCAUAUCUGUUUUCUGUUUUUAAUAACUGAAAUGUUAUCACUUAUAUUGCUACCCUAUAUUAAUUUGCAUUAUUCUUUUACAUAUAUCAAGUAUCACAAGAAUGUGCACCGUUACGCCAUCAAUAGUAAUGGUAAUAGUUACAGUAAUAAUAAAUUCACGUCCAUGGAUAAAUUUAGAUUUGAAAACAAACCUUUUUCGUACGAUGAAGAAAUAACAUUCCAAAAGGGAAAUAACACAGGAAGACGUAAAAGAUUGUUGAAAGGAACAAAAAGGGAAAUUUCAGCAAGUAUUUAUAACAUACUUAAUAUGAGGAGAGUAAAAUUUUUUACAUUUGCAUGGAAGAAAAAAAAAAAAAGAAAAAAAAAGCAUGAACCCGACUCAGAGGAAGCGAAAAAUAGAAAAACAUUUUACAAAAAGAAUACAUUCAGUAAUAUAAAAAAUGAAACAGCUUAUAUACAAAAAUAUUCCUUAUUUAAUGAGGAAAAAAAAAAAUGGAGAAAUACUUUAUUUAAUAAAAAAAACUCAUUAUAUUCUAAAAAAGAAAUGAAUACGAAAUUUAGUCAACACAUGAACGAUAACAUUUAUUAUGUCAGUUUUUGCAAUUUUAAGGAACUGCAUAGGCAAUUAAGGAGUAGCUGGUACAGUUUAACAUUUGAAGCAAAAACAGUAAUAGAAAAUGUUUUUCUUUUUAAUGACUACUACCAAGUUGAUAUAUACAAAUUAAAUGAAAAAUUUCAUAACAAAGGUAAAUAUUUCCUUAUAAAAAAAUAUGAAAAAAUUAUAGCCCUAUCCUUUUUUACAAGAUACAAUACGUAUUUAAUAUUUUCAUUAUAUCAGCGAGUAGCAUUAUUAAAUUACUUAUACUCAAACUAUAAUGUAGUCAUUUCUAUUUUGAGAUAUAUCAAUCAUGUCCAUUGUAAAUUGAUGAAUCAACAUUCGAGAAAUAAUUAUCGCAGUGGGAAUGUACAAGUAGUAUAUAAAAAUAAUAUCAGUUCAUUGGAGAAAAAUGUAUAUGGAAAAUUAAAUGAUGAUUCUUUUGAAAAACGGAAGCACUUUUUUAAUAUACAACAAAAUGUAUCAGACUUUUUCUUUUACAUGAAAGAUGAAGACAUUAAUUAUGAUGAGUAUAUAAUUAAUACCUACAGUACAAAUUAUAUAAAUGAUAAAAAUUAUGUACAAGAUAAAAAUAAUUUUUUUGGAAAAAAAACAUUUUAUGAAAAAAUGGGAGAAAUACGAUCCUUCCGCUUCUCUCUAUUUUUUGAUAUAUUUUUUGAGCUAAAGGUUAAUUAUAAUUAUUUGAGUAAUGCCCAUAUAUGUGUGCAAAAUUCGUUGAAAUAUUUAUUCUUUUUUAUAAAAAAUGCGCACAAAUUUAAUCUUCUUAUUGACUCGAGGCAAAAAGAGUACAAAAAUAAGACAAAAAAGGAGGCACAAAGAGAUGAAAUAAAUACAGCAGAAAGUGGAAGAGAGGAUGAAACGAAAUAUAAGAAAAGAAGUAAGGUGAAUAACAAAAGAAACGGAGAGAAAAUUGAUCAUUUCUCCCAUGGUGAAGUCACAUAUAUUAAAACAAAUUCGGCGGGAAAUUCAUUCCAUGAGAACUUAGGUAACCCACAAAGAAAUGAGAGUGACGUAGAGAAUUACACAAACAGCGAAGAAACAAUUGGUAAUAAUACUAACAGUACAACGGAUGUAGGUGUAAGUUGCAAUGAAUUAGGAAGAAAAAAUUCAAAUUGUAACGAUAAAAGACAUUCACAGAAUGUGCAUUAUGAAAAUUGUUUCUUAGGAAAUAAAGCUUCAUGCUGUGAUAAUCAGUGGCAUAUAAAAGAAAAAUAUAUUAAGAGUAAUAUCUUUAACAAGAUUUAUAAGAACGAAAUAAACAUAUUUAAGGAGGAUUAUUUGUUUGAUCAUAAAAUCGAUAUUAACAAAUUUAGAAGCAGCAAACUAUUUUACAUAAUAGGAAUUUCUUUGCUAAAGCAGAUUAACACUAAUUACUAUUACAAUAAUUUAAAAGAGAUAAAUCUAGUAUAUGAAAAGGAUUUAAUUAAAAAGAAAAUAAAUAUUAAUAAUAUUGUAAAACAUGAUUAUACAGAAUUGCUAUAUUUGAGCUAUAAAUAUAUUAUGAAAAGUAUUAAAGUCGAUCAUAAUAAUUUACUCAGUUAUUAUUAUCUAUGUAUUAUUUAUUUAUAUAAUUUAAAAAUUGAUAAGUGUAUAUAUAUUUGUAAAAAUUUUUUGCUAAAAAAUUAUCAUAACGCCUAUUCCUUUCCAUUUUUUUUGUUAAGUAUAGUAGUUAGUAGCUGUAGGAAUUUAAACGGAAUUAAAAAUUGUAGCAAGGAUGGAAGCAGUAAAUGCGAUUAUUCAUGGGGACGGAGGAGAAAAAAAGCACAUAUGGAUCGUUCGAAAUUUUGUGGUAAUAGCAUUAAGAUGAAUGAUAAUAAAAAAGGCACUCUGUGUAACUCAUGCAUUUUUGACAGUUAUGAGAAUCGUUAUAAAUCGUUAAUUAACCAGUUAAAGUUGAACUCCCCCCUGUUUUACAAUUCUAUGACCAGCAGCAAUAAUUUGUUUGGGACACAUGAAGAGAAAAAGGGGUGUUAUGUAAAUAAAUUCUGUAAUAUUACCAAUUUAGUUCAUUAUAACGAGGGGGCAAGCAAACUGUGUAGUAUGGCAAAGGAAGACCCAAAUGAGGCCCGUGUAGAUGUAGCAAAUAAUGCGAACGAGUACAUCAAAGGUGAACACACUUCUCGUACAUCACACUCAUCAUUUGGAACAUAUGGAAUGCGGAGUAAAAAUAUUGAAAUGAAUCCAAAAGGCACAGAAUGCAGUUUCGCAUCUGACGAGUGCAGCUAUAGUAGCCCAAGCUGCUACUGUAGAGGCACAGUCACAAAUACUCCUAGCGCAAAUUUUGAUACUCAUUUAUUUCAGUCGAAGCUACCUAGUAAAGAAUGCAUUUUAAUUAUAUCAAAAGCUGUGAACUACUUUUCUAAUAACUUUUUUUUUAUAUAUUUAUAUGUCUAUUAUUUGAUUAACAUCUUUAUUAUUUAUGAUAUUUUAUUUUUUUGGGAAAAACCAAAAAAAAAUGAGAAAAAUAAUUCCAGGAAUAAGGCACAUUUAAAAUAUUGGUUGUUGCAGGACAUGUUGGAAAAAUAUAAAACAAAAUCGGGUUCUAGUUCGUCUUCAGAUAUAUGUUUUUUGGAUGAUAAAAAUUUCAAGGAAAGCUAUUUCAGCCGUUCCUAUGACAUCAUUUUUGAUGAUAAUGAGCACGAUGAUAUAAAUAUUGACAAUAAGGAGGAUUGCAAGGUCAGUUAUGAGAGUGACAAAUGUGAUAGGUGCAGUCAAUAUGAUAAACGUUGUCAAGUAAUGGAAAACUUUACGGUAUAUCAUUACAACAUUCCUACAGUAUUCAGUAAUCCCAGAAAUUUAACCAUUGGAAAAAAGGCAGAAAAUAAAAUAUUAACAAAUAGCAUUAUGGAAGAAAUUGACAAAAUACAAAUUUCAUUAAAAAUUUUGGAAAGAAAAAGUAAUAUGAAAACGAAUGCAAAAAAAGAAAAAGAGGAAGGAAAAUUAUUUAUCAUAAAUAGAAAAAAAAACAAGGAUUCUACUACAAGUGCAAAUGUAAAUGUAAAUGAGAACAAAAGAAAUAGUAAGUUAGAGUACAUGUUUUCCAAAUGGGCUAAUGUAAGUUUUAUGGAUACUCCUCACCAAUAUGAAUAUACCCUAAACGAUCGGUAUAUACCUAGUGGAAAGAAAAAAAAUAUAAACAAAAGCGAAUACAUUGACAUUAGUAAAGUUAAUUUAUUACCAUGUUCUAUACCUAUAAUUUUGAUAUUAUAUAAAUAUGUCGAUAAACAAAUUAAGAGGAAAAAAAAUUCUGAUAUGUACAUGCAUUUUUAUUUAAAUAACUUUUUAUCCCAUAUAAAUUUGAACAAAAUAAAAUGUGAACUGCAUCAAAAGGACCAAAGCAUUUAUGUUGACAGUGACCAAAUAGAUAACAGCAAUUGUUUUUUUAGUUAUUCUAAAGAAUGUAAUAAAUUAUUUAAUAAGAAUUAUUAUUUCUCGAUAAAAAGUAAAAAGGAUAACACUGAUAACGAUAGCCAUACUGAUAGUGUUAACAACACGGGCAGUUACGAAAAUAUUGGCAGUGCUGACCACAAUGAUAGUACUAAUAACAUUUACGGUAAUAAUAAUAACAAAGGGAUAAGAAAAAUUAGCUUAAAGAGUGUGUAUUUAGAAGCUAUUACUUGGCUGGGUUUAGGGGAAAUUUUAAUAUAUUUAAAGGUUAAUGCUAAGCUAAUCAUUUAUUUUAUUAACAUAAUUGACACGUAUAUAAAAUUUUAUUUAAGCUUAAAUAAUAAGAACAAUUAUUAUAAUUUUGAAAAUACUACCUUUUUUUAUAAUUUAACCCAUCAUUUCAUGUGUCUAAAAUGUUUAUACCUUUUUUACUUAUACUCGAAAUGUGAAAAGAGGCUAAGAAGUGGAGAUUAUAUACAGAGAAGACAAAACAGUGUAUUCAUUCGAAAUGAUAGAAUGAAUUUUUUUUUUAAAGGUAGAAAGAAUAAAAUGAAAUCAAUAAAUAACAAAAAUUUAUAUACAAAAAUUUAUUUUUUCGAAAAGGAGCAUGAGUUUUACAAUAUCCAAAUGAAACUCUCUCAUCAGCCAAAAAUUGUAUUAGAAAAUAACUACAUUUAUUUUAAUGAUAAAUUUAGUAAAAAUGAUUUUAAAUUAGCUUUUCGCAUCAAUGAUAAGAAGGCUUUUAAAAGGAAAUUUUGGCCCUUAAAAAAAAAAAAAAAAAUGGAGAAAAGAGAAAAAAUAGAGCAAAAAAAAGAGAAAAUGAAUAGAAUCCAAGAAAACAUUACAAAUUAUUCAUACAUCAAAAAAAAUGAAGCAAAAAGAAAAGAAAAAAAAGAUAUCAAUAACAAAAAUAUUAAAAAAAGUGUAAGUAAAUUAUAUGCAGAUGCAGAAAUGUUAUUUAAUUCUUUCCAUUUAGAGGGAUGCACAAAAAAUAGACAGAAAAAAUAUAGACUCAUAAAAAAUAUUAAAAUUUAUGUAUCUUUAAUAAACAAAAUAUAUUACAAUGAUAGAAAAGUAAAUAUUUUGUAUGCUAGAUAUUACUUUUUAAAAAAAAAAUAUUUAAAAGUUAUUAGUAUUCUGUCAUUAUUAAAUAAACACUACAAAAAAAAAGAUUAUAUUAUUAAGAAAAAAAAUAAGGCACAUGGUUUAAAUUUUGAACAAAACAACUUGUCUGCGCAAAAUGUAUACCAAGAUAAGGAAGAAAAACUCUUAUUUCAUUUGAAUAACCAAACAGACUUAAUUUAUGAAUAUUUAAAUAUAUAUAUGUAUUAUCAAUCUUUUCUCAAAUUAAAAAAUUAUAAGAAAUCUAAUUAUUACAAAAAUAUUUUAAAUAUUAUUUUUUUUAAGUUUCCAAUUAUACCAUUUAAUAUAUUUCCUUUUAUAAAUCUCUAA